AUGUUAAUGGGAACACACAUGUUGGUAAAUUGUUGCACGCUGCAUGCAUCGCGCUGAAAACGUUUGUUGGGAUCGUCACAUUUCUUGAUCUUACAGUCUUAGAAGAUUGUCUGCAGGGUGUUGAUCUCUACUGAGUGUUUACGUACUUUAUUUUGUGUAUUCCUGCCAACUUAUCUGCGUAAUGGAAACCAAAACUAAGGAGUUCGUGUGGGUUGCCAAAUUGAGCAAAGAAAAUAAAACAGUAAGUUGGGGUGGAAGAAAAGAUGGUGCUCUAGAACAAAUAAUCUUGAAAUUGGCUGUUUUGGGUCCAGGAGCUAAAGAUGGAAGAAAUUUAGUUGAAGUAACAACAUUUGACAGUGAACAAAAUAAAAUAAAAGCUAUCGUUUGUGCAUUAACUGCUGGAAAAGAUGAGAAUCGUACACUGGGAGAUUUACCUUUAUUUCCUCCAGCUAAUUUUACUCUUGUUGAAGGUAGCGGGCCGGUUAAUAUUGUCGCCAGUCAUCUGAUUAUGUAUGAGGAUGAUCUGUCUGAUGAAGACGAUGAAGAUUUGUCCGACUUUGAAGAAUCAAUGGAAGAUUUGAGAGAAAAACUGAAAGCGAAGAUGGCAGGUGGAAAGGGAGAUGCAGCGAGCUCAAAAUCGAAAAAACAAUCGAAGAAAGCAGAUGAGUUGGAUGACGAUGAAGAGGAGGAUGAUGAUGAUGAAGAUGAAGAAGAAAAUGGCUUUAUCAAAAUGGAAUCAAAAUUGGCAGAUGAUGACGAUGAAGACGAGGAUGCAGAUGAUGAUGACUAUGAAGAUAUGGAUGAUGACGAUGAGUCUGACGAGGAGGAAAAAGAGCAAGUAAAAGUACCGACGAAAAAGAGAAAACUGACCAAUGGCAAAUCUGCCACUACAGAGAAUAAGUUGACAUCACCGGAAAGAACAAAAAAGAACAGUCAAGAGCAGAAAACUCCAGUCUCACAAAAAAACACAUCGGUCAAAACACCAAAAAGUGAGAAGAAAACUCCAGCAAAAAUAAAGUUUACUUCCGUUGAUGAAGUGAAGGCCGCAAUUAAAAAGUGUCCAGGUGGAAAACCAAGAAAACAAGAUAAGUUUUUGAACUGGCUCGGAAAUCAAUACAAAGUAACUGAUGAAUCAUGGAAAAAUGACCUGUGGGUGUGGCACAAAAAGGAAUUGGGAAUAUAGAUUUCGCCAUUCGUCGUCGAAAUCGAAAGCAUAUUGGGUGCUUGACAGCAUAACGCUAGCCAAACGAAUUUUUAUGAUUGCACUCGCAUGAGGCAUUUUUUACUUCUCGUAAAUCGAACAUUUUUCAGAUCAUUUUCUCAAUUUCCAUUCGGGAAAGUCAGUAAAACGUUUUCUGUAUUACAAUGUUAUUUCUGUGCCUGACACAUUGCUUUGUAAGUUAAAGUUCUUGCAGGGAAAAAUCAGGAUCCAACAAACUUUUACGAAAUCAUGUAAAGUCGACUUGUACAUUGUUGCAAUUGUGAGUAUUGUGUAGUACUGCGGUGACUGAAUAAAGCUUUUCUCAUUUCCUA